GAGAUUGCAAGGCACGCCUUCCCUCUGUGCACGGCACACACUCGAUGUGCUCAGGGUGGUGCCAAGACACACAGGACCUGUUGACGGAGAAAGCUGCAGCCACAAUCAGGAGCCCGGACACUGAAAACUGUUCACCGCAGUAGACAUUAUGACGGAUGGUGACUAUGAUUAUCUGAUUAAGCUCCUGGCACUUGGAGAUUCUGGUGUUGGAAAGACGACGUUUCUCUACAGAUACACAGAUAACAAGUUCAAUCCUAAAUUUAUCACAACGGUCGGGAUCGACUUCCGGGAAAAGAGAGUGAUUUAUAACAAUGCCAGUCCAGGCAGCACACACGGGAAAACCUUCAAGGUCCAUCUACAGCUCUGGGACACAGCUGGACAAGAAAGGUUCCGGAGUCUCACCACGGCCUUCUUCAGAGACGCCAUGGGGUUCCUAUUAAUGUUUGACCUCACCAGUCAGCAGAGUUUUCUCAAUGUCCGAAACUGGAUGAGUCAGCUCCAAGCGAAUGCUUACUGUGAGAAUCCAGAUAUUGUUUUAAUUGGUAACAAAGCCGACCUGUCAGAUCAACGGGAGGUCAACGAGCGGCAAGCAAAAGAGCUUGCUGAUAAAUACGGCAUUCCGUACUUUGAAACAAGUGCAGCGACCGGACAGAACGUGGAGAAGUCGGUGGAGACCCUGCUGGACUUGAUUAUGAAAAGAAUGGAGCAAUGCGUGGACAAGACCCAAGUCCCAGACGCGGUGAACGGAGGAAACUCGGGGAAAUUAGACGACACAAAAGCAGAGAAGAAGUGUGCCUGUUAAAUAUAUUCCUAGAAAAUUAUCUGUACAGACUGAUGAUCUGAUCCAACUCUGGUGGAAUGGCUGACACACCACCACAGUGCCCCCUUGUGGCCAGUCUCUACUCUGCAGCCAUUCGUAGCUUCAUAUUGUGCUCCUCCGGGAGCCCUCUUCCCCCAUCGUUAUGGUAGACGCCAACAUCUCUUGUGAAGAAAGUGUUAAUCUUAUAUAUUUAUAUGCAGCAUAAAUGAGAGACAAAAAAAUAUACGUUUCUUACAGAAAUAAGUGGUGACUGUGGUAUAAAAAGGGGAUUUUUUUUGUUUGUUUUUGGUUCAGAAUCAUCUGUCAUAGAUUUUAGGCCGGAUCGGGUACGCGAGUAACUAAAAAUUGCAUUGUAAGCACGCCGACAAAUUGUGCGACACGGGCUUUUCGACCUUGUACUGUUUACAUUUCUUUCCAUUUCAGGACCCUCCCGUUCUUUAUAUCUGGACGACGCGGCAUUUAUGUGUCUCCUAUAUGUUUGUGAAUGAAUCUGAAGUAUUUUAGUAAUGUGUUUUCGCUUGGUGCCUAAUGUUUUUUGCUAUUAUGACCAUUUUUCGUGUUGGGGUCAGGGAUGUAGAAAAGGACGAGUUUUAAAUGUUGGCCAGAACGGUUCU